GGGCUGCAGGGCACCGAGCGCGCAGUCAGGAAGCAUGGCACUCUGGCGGGCAUACCAGCGGGUCCUGGCCGAGCACCCGUGGAAAGUCCAGGUCUUGACUGCGGGGUCCCUGAUGGGCCUGGGUGACAUUAUCUCACAGCAGCUGGUGGAGAGGCGGGGUCUGCGGGAACACCAGGCCAGCCGGACUCUGACCAUGGUGUCUCUGGGCUGUGGCUUUGUGGGCCCUGUGGUAGGAGGCUGGUAUAAGGUUCUGGACCGGCUCAUCCCAGGGAAUGCCAAAGUGGAUGCACUGAAGAAGAUGCUGGUGGAUCAGGGGGGCUUUGCCCCAUGUUUUCUAGGCUGCUUCCUCCCACUGGCAGGUGCCCUCAAUGGACUGUCAGCCCGGGACAACUGGGCUAAGCUACAAAGGGACUAUCCGGAUGCCCUCAUCACCAACUACUACCUCUGGCCUGCUGUGCAGUUGGCCAACUUCUACUUGGUGCCCCUGCAUUACAGGUUGGCCGUUGUCCAGUGUGUUGCUGUCAUCUGGAACUCAUACCUGUCCUGGAAGGCACACCAGCUCUAGACCCACAUUGCUCCAUGGUGUGUACCUUGCAGCACAGCUUGACUCUGGAAUGGUCAGACAACCUCCUCCAAGGGGCCGGGGUAGGGUCCAAGCAUUUGGGAUUGGCACUUUGAGCUGGCAUGAUUCACUCUGCAAUGUAAACUGACUGCUUCUGAAAUUGGUAGAGCCUUCACAAUGCAUCACCUGACAACAGCGCUACUUCCCAAGCAAUGUAGCAUUAGGCAAUUUUGUCAGUGUGAACCUCCCAGAGUGGACCUACCCAAACCAAGAUGGUACGGGCCAGCCACUUGAGGUGGCCUCUUGUUCAAUCAAGAAAGGUAAUA